AAUCACGUUCAGUUAGGACCGUGUUGCUUCUUGAUGCGUUUUUGCCGCUGCAAGGGUCACAUGAUAAGGGCGGAAACUGACUCAUAGUCCACGCUGAAUCUCCCGCGAACGCAGCCAUUUACUCUUUCCUCUCUUCGAAGUGUUACCGAAAAGUCGCAACCACGGCGGACUCAAUGGCACAGUGUGUUCCGGUGGCGGUGUUUAAGUUGGUGUUGGUAGGAGAUGGAGGCACCGGGAAAACGACUUUCGUGAAGAGGCAUAUCACAGGAGAGUUUGAGAAGAAAUAUGUUGCUACUCUUGGAGUAGAGGUGCACCCACUGAUUUUCCACACCAACAGAGGAGCGAUCAAGUAUAAUGUGUGGGACACAGCUGGUCAGGAGAAGUUUGGAGGCCUGAGAGAUGGCUACUACAUUCAAGCUCAGUGUGCUAUCAUCAUGUUCGACGUCACUUCUCGAGUCACCUAUAAGAACGUGCCCAACUGGCAUCGUGACCUGGUCCGUGUCUGUGAGAACAUUCCCAUUGUUCUUUGUGGCAACAAGGUGGACAUCAAAGACAGGAAAGUCAAAGCCAAGAGCAUUGUGUUUCACCGCAAGAAGAACCUGCAGUACUACGACAUUUCUGCCAAAAGUAACUACAACUUUGAGAAGCCUUUCCUGUGGUUAGCAAGGAAGUUGAUCGGUGAUCCCAACCUGGAGUUUGUGGCAAUGCCUGCCCUUGCUCCCCCAGAGGUCCAGAUGGACCCAUCCCUUGCUGCUAAGUAUGAGGAAGAGCUUCAAGUUGCAUCACAAACAGCACUCCCAGAUGAAGAAGAUGACCUCUAACCUGUUACCUAGAUUUGUCCCUCCCUCCUCCCCCACCUGUGGACAGGAAGUCGUUGGAGUUUUGCCCCCUUACUGUAAAAUCCCUUUUCAGAUUUUUUUAUUUUUGAAUUUUUUUUGUUUUAAAACUUAAGUAAAAAAAGAAAAAAACUUGGUGGAAAAGUUGUGGUUCUAAUUUCACUGUAUGACACACACCCACCCUAGUGUUGUUGUUGGCAUGGCAACGUGCUACUCUUCAUCGUUGAGCACCCUCCAUUGCACUUACCCAGCUCACAUAAUGCUGUUGUACGGUGUACUGGAAGCACUAAGGGGAGUAAACUUUGAAUAAAAACAUUCUCGGUAUAACA